UCUAGUAUGGGCUGUGAAGAGGAUUUAGGCGAACAUUCCCUCACCCACUUGUUGGUUUUGUGCAGGUCUCUGGAAUACACCAUUUAUGACCAUGAGCUGAAGGAUACCAAAAAGAAGCUGGAAGAACUGGAAACACGGCGAGAGUCCAGCAGUUCAGUGGCUGAGAAAUUGCGUGAGAACCUGCAGAAUGCGGCCGAAAAGAUAAAGAAACUGAGCAAGGAGCUGCGGGAGGUGAAGAGUCGUGCGCAGGCCCAGCGGGAGGAGCGGAGGCCCUGUCGCGGAGCAGUCGUCGGCGCUCAAGGAGAAGACCCGCCUGGAGCUGACCAUUAGGACCUGCGCGAUGAGGUGGAGGGGACGACUCAUCGCGCAAGCGUGCUGAGCGGGAGCUGGCCCGCCUGCAGGAGACAGUGGCCCAGAAGAUGGCCCUGCUGGACGGCAUCCGUCCCCAGUACGAGGCACAGAAAAAGCGCGAGGAGGAGUGCA